UCUGAAGAGAGCGGCUUUAGUGCGUAAAAGAAGAAAAAUAAGCCGUAGAAGAGGGCUCUCUCUUGGUGGAGCUUACCCCCCAAUUUAUCCUUUACGAUUCCAUUAUCAUACCAUUAAAGAUGGAUCGUUACCAGAGAGUGGAGAAGCCGAAGGCAGAGACACCUAUUGAUGAGAACGAGAUUCGUAUUACCAGUCAAGGCAGGAUGCGCAAUUAUAUCACUUAUGCCAUGUCUUUGCUUCAGGAAAAGGGCUCGAAUCAAAUAGUCUUCAAGGCAAUGGGAAGAGCCAUUAACAAGACUGUAACUAUUGCGGAGUUAAUUAAGAGAAGAAUUGUCGGUCUUCAUCAGAUUACAUCUAUUGGAUCCACGGAUAUAACAGAUACGUGGGAGCCUCUUGAAGAAGGACUUCUUCCAUUGGAGACCACUAGGCAUGUGUCCAUGAUCACUAUAACCCUUUCGAAGAUUGAAUUGAAUACAUCGUCUGUCGGGUAUCAGCCUCCAUUACCACCUGAUCAGGUGAAGGCAUCCAUAAAAAUUGAUCCUGAAGGAGAGGGUUCACCCAAUGGUCGAGGUAGGGUCCGUGGUGGUAGAGGGAGGCCGAGGGGUAGAGGGAAUGCUUUUGUCUCUGCUGAGUAUGAGGAUGGAGGCUGGGAUCGCAAUCCUGGCUAUGCUAGGGGUAGAGGUCGAGGAAGAGGCCGUGGUUCCCGAGGUCGUGGACGUGGAGGAUACAAUGGACUUCAGGUUGAUAGGCUGGAAGAUGGAGGCUUCAAUCAGGAAGCCCCUCCCCAAGGCGGUCGUGGACGUGGACGUGGCCGUGGCAGAGGAUAUCGAGGAAGGGGCCGAGGGUUUAGAUCUAAUGGGCCAAUGCAGGCAGCUGUAUAAGGUGGUGGUGGCGGCAGUCCUUUAACAUAAUUGAAAUGGUGUUGCGUCUAGUUACAUUACAUGUUUUAUGAUUUUCUAAUAUUGUCGUUUAUUUAUUUUAGCUUUAGGGUAUGUUCAAUUUUUUUCAUUGGUCGUUACUAGCAGUUUUAACAUAGGAUGUGUUGAUGCGUAGAGACUAGCAUAGUUGCAUUCAGGUGUUUCUAGCGCAGUGUUGCGGCUGC